AUGAGCGAAGGUUGGCCAGCGGAAGCCUAUCAGCAUUAUGUAGAUAAAUACUUACCGCUUUACGAAAAAUAUCGACUAGUUGAUCCAUUCACCAAGGAAGAAGAGUGCCAAAGGCAAGUCAGCAAUCUCUUGAUAUUUGGAUCCACUGUUUUCCCAACUUUAUUCGAUGUUGACAUGGAAAAGCCUGAACUUCAGGAUCAACCUAAUAUUGAAGAAAAUGCAAUCUUUAUACAGAAGCAAUCUGUUAUCUCCAACACUUUGCAUCUAAUCAUGCUCAUGAGGAAACUUCACACUUUCUUUGUUACACGAGCUUUUGACGCAGAAGAGCAAGUAUUUAAUGGCCAGCAAAUAUUGAUGGCACUCAAGUGGAAAGAAGAUUUGUUCAGAGACUGUGCGCAAGUUGCGUCGCUGAGAUUUAAUGGUGCAUUCUCAACCGUUUUCCUUUCAUUCUGGCAAGCUAUUGACUUUGACCCAACGAUGAGAACCCUAUCAAUAGCACAGUUGUCUCAGCAUGGACUGAAAUCGCUUGCUAAACAGCUCUGGCGGUUGGCACCAAAUUCGGUGCUGCUAACACAAUUUAUAACGAAAGAGCUUGGCGAUCUAUGCUCCUCUGUGACGCAUUGGUGUUCUCACGAUUUGCCGUGCGAGGGAUGGAAACAAAUUGUGGAGAUAGCUAUACAAAUAAUGAUAAACGCAUUGCCUCCUCUUGAAACACUUGAUCCUGUGGUUUACAAUGAGCAGAGAAUCAGCUAUCAAACUAUGGUCUUCAAUGCGGUCAAUGAUCCUCUGUCGGUGUUAGCACGAUGGCGAAGUAGAAUAUCGGGACAAGCAUCGGAUUGUGAUUCGCGUUCAUUCCAUCCCGUCAUAGCUGCUAUGUGGCGUACUCGUAGUGAACUGGAAAAAAGUAUGGUCGAAGGUGAAGAUGGACCCAAAGUCUAUCGACAGAAAGCCAGCGAACUCAAACUAUCCGAGCAAGGCCUCGAAAGUCUAGAACUGCUCUCUUGGGCCUCUCGAGAUGCCUCUCCUAUGCCUCUUCGCUUGAAAGCAGCAGUGGUACGGCACAGAGUCUCUCUUUGCAUUGACCCUCUGUAUGACCUGGAAUGGAUACGGCGUCAAUGGCAGAAGUGGUAUGAAAAGAAUGUUGCUAAAGCGGCAGAGAAAGAUUUCGUUUAUCGAACAAAAACUGAAGAGGAAAAGGAUGUGCUUGAAUCGCCACAAGAGCAUGAAAUUCUGCCUGAAGGUGAUUUGAUAUCGCUGAUUGAAGCGACUGUUUCGACCACUCCUGAGAAGGGGAACGUUAGAGACACAAAUUAUUCCAUAGCCUUAGUGUGGUUACGGCAUGUCUUGUGUGGCUUGCAUUCUUUCGAUCAGGAUCUGCAUGCCGCCACAGUUGGUGGGUCCUUUUCUGUUACCGUAAGCAUUCACGAAUGGGAGAACUUCUCAUGA